AUGGAAAAAGCUUUAGAUCUAUUAUACUCAGAUGCAAGUAAUGAAGAAGUUCAGUCUUUUUGCCUGAUGAAUGCUGAUGAUCUCCAAUUUCAAGACAAUUUACAUCUAAAUUUGUUUCAUCAUCUUGCUAUUGCUAAUAGAGCCUCCUUAAUCCCAUAUCUACAAUAGUUAAAAAUCCUAAUUUAAAAAAAUUAAAUUAUCAGCAAGCAAGUAAGAUAUCUUAUAUAAAUAUUUUUUAGAAAUAAUUAUUAAUAAUAAAACUAAUGGUGAUUUAAUUAAAUUUUCAUUUUAGAUAUUUUGCACCCUAACUUAAUUUAAUUAAUUACAUUUUUGUUUUAAAGUUUUUGAAAUCUGAAAUAUUUAAAUACUAAAUUAAUCCUUUAAAGGUAAUUUCUAUAUUUUUUAAAACAAUUUAAUCCAUCAAAAUUAAGGGGAAAAAAAGACAUCUUAAAAUUCGCGGAGAGAAUCAGUGCCUCAACUAUUACCUAAAUUUAAUUCCGUGCUGAUCACUCAGCAAGACCUUUCUGGGAAAACACCAGCCCAUUUUUUAGCAGAAAAAGGCUUUUAUGAAAUUUUAGACAAUGUUUUGCAGAGGAAUCAAAAUAUCAUUAGCAUUACUGAUGACAGUGGCCGAACAAUAUGGCACUCCUGCUUCCGAUAUCCCAAAAUUAUAGAUAUACAAAAAAUUAUGAUGAAAUAUGGCGGGAAAACCGAUUUUUCGAUAAAAAAUAAAUUUGGUGUUAGUUUAAAAGAUAUAUGGAAAACAUUUUAUAAAGAAUUUCAAGGCUUGAUAUGGAAUAAUGCUCUAAAAGGUAAAAUGGAACUUUUAAUUGAUACAAGAAAUUGGUUUUUAGAUAUGCUAGAUGAGAAUAUAGAAAUUAUGAAGGAAAUAAAGCAUAGCUUAUUAGCUGAAAUAGCAUUAAAUGCUGAUAUUGAGUUAUUUGAAAAAUAUAUUGAAAUUUCCAAUGUUCCUUUAGAUUUUACUGAUGCGAGUGGCAGAUGCAUUUUAAUGCAUAUUUUGUCUUCUAGUCAAAGAGAUAUUUACCAAAGAAUUAGUCUUCUCUUAAAGCGCAAAAAUUCUUUUUCUAUUUGCGAUUAUGAGGCUUCAACUCCUUUGCAUUUUUUAAUAAAAAACCAAAAUAUCAAAAUUUCAGAAAAAUUAGAAAUUAUGGAUUUAUUCGAUAUUUAUAAUGCUGAAAAGCUCAAAUUGAUGCUAUAGUGGUUGCCCGAUAAUAGCGCUCAAUGCGCCAUCAUUGGGCAACACCAGAAAGGGCUUCACACGGGAAAUGGGUUCCACGUGUGGAGCCCUUUUUGGCGCGUGGAAGUGAGGAUUCUCCACGUGUCAAAAAGGGGCUCCAUAUGUGGAACCCAUUUCCCGUGUGGAGCCCUUUUCGGAGUUGCCCGAUGAUGGCGCAUUGAGCGCCAUCAUCGGGCAACCUCUAUAAAAAUUGUUGAUUUUUCAGGAGAUUGUGCGCUUACUCUUGCAAUAAAAUUAAAAGACGUCAGGUUUACUAAAACGGUUAUUGCUUUUUACAGAAAAUUAUACGGAUCUGUUGAUAUGUUUCCUAAGCAUGGCUUGCCAUAUUUUUUCAGAGAUAAUGAUUGAACUCCGUAUUUUUAUAAAGAUGAUGAUUUCAAUCAAAUUUACAAGGAUUGUAAGCUUUUACCUUUUAGAAAUAGAAUAGAUAAUAGUUCAAUUUUUAAGAACUUGAGAUGAAAAUUUCCUACUCAUCCACUUGAGAUAGCUAUUGAAGUAAAUUCUGAAGAAAUCUUUGAUUUUUUAUUAGAAAAAGGAUUUCGAGUAAAUUCAUUUGGGAGAAAAGGACAAAUGAUUUUAGAAGACGCAAUUAAAUCUAAUAAUGUAGGGAUUAUUAAAUCUGCAAUUAGCAGAGGAAUAUUGCAUUUUUAUUAUGCAGAAAAGGAUGGAGAGGAAGGGAAAAAAACAUUUGCUUAUUAUGAUAAUGAGUCUGAGUCUAGAUAUUCUGGCAUAAAGUCUUGGCUUUUUAAUAUUUCCAGAACAACAGACCAAAAAAUAGCAGAAAUGCUGGCUAAUUCUUUCAUUUUAUCAAUAAAUGAGCCUGCAGCAAAUUGCAUUGGAUCCCUGGAUAAAAUUGAAGAUUGAUUAAGUAAAGCAAUUAAAAUUAAAAGCAAAAAAAAACUAAAUAUUAUUGCUAAACUUGUAAAAAACGGCACCAUUGCCUUAUUGCUAGAUCAUUUAGAUCCGAUUAUUAGUAAAGACUCAUUUGAAAAAAUUUUGAUUUAUAAUUACUUGUUUAGAUCAAUUUAUUAUGGAAACUUUAAAGCAUUUGAAAAAAUAAUUAUUAGAGCGACAAAUCUCGAUAUAAAUAUCAAUGUAAACUUUAUUUUCAGUAAUGAUUUAUGAGAUUUAAUGAAAAGUUCUAAUGUAUGAGAUUUUCUUGAAAAUAAAAGCUUCGCUAAUCGCUGCAUAGCUGCUUUAAUUAUUUCACCUAGUCCUAACAAAGAAAUCGCUGAGUUAUUGAUGAAAAUGAAUAUCCAAUGAGAAGGGGAAUUCCCGCUUCAGCAGGUUUAUACUUUUUUACACCCUAAUGAUAUAUAUAAAGAUAAAUUUUUGAAAAAUAAGGGGAAUCGCAUGGAAAAACUUUGCGAAAUAAUCAGAGUAAUCGUUUGCAAUAUUUGUGAAAUUAAUGCCCCAAAUCUCCCUAAUUUUGAUUUUUAUGGAGCUAUUAAUUUGGCAAUUUACCUUGACAAUAUGGAGCUCUUUUCUUACAUUUUUGAAAUUUCUUAUAACAAUUUAAUCUCAAGAGAAUAUCUUAAAAGUCAAGAUAUAUAUGAAAGCUGACUUCAAUUUAUACUUAAGCAUAAUUUAGUGAACAUUCUAGAAAAGAUGCUUGAACUUAUUAUUAAAACCCCUUUUGAUUUAUAUUUAAAUGAGAGAUUUCUUUCUGAUGAAAACAUUUUGACUAUUUUACUGAAAUAUCUAGAUUUACUCCAUUUUAUAAAAUAAGCACUCUUAAAGAUAAGCCAAAUUCCUUAUUUUCUUAUCAAAUAAUGCUUUAACUGCCAUAAUUCAAAUAUUAUAUAAAUAAAAUAUUAUAAACCGCUUAGGGUGAAACAUAGAUUUUAACAAUUUUCUUAUCGAAAAAUUCAGCUUACAAGGGCCUAUGAAAAUUCUUCAUAUUUUGAGAAGAAUAGAAAAAUGCACCCGAAAAAGCCUCCCAUUUGUUCAUUUAUUAUGUGAUGAUGAAAUUUAUUUACCGUUAAUUCAAAAAAUCUUCGAAAAACAAUCCCCAAGAGUUAAUUGAGCUGAAGAAAAAUCAAAUCCAUUAUUGAAAGCAUGCAAAUAUGCACAGGUUAAUAUUGUGAGUUUAUUAUUAAAACAAAUGCCUAGCAUGCCUUCAAACAUUCUUGCUAGCGCAAUAAAUAAGGUUUCUUUGUUUGGGUUUAAUCAUAGGCAUCCAGUUAAAAUUGAUAUAUGAAAAUAUGAUGGGGAAGAAUUAUACAAUUUUAAAUAAAUCUGCAUUAUUAUACAAAAUAUAAAGGAAAUAUAUGUUUUACAAUAUUUAUGAGAUUUAUAUAAAUUUAUAUAUUAAAUAGGCAAGCAAUUAUUAAAAUAUUAGUAAAUUAUUCCAUUGAAAAUGGAUUAAUCGAUAGAUCCCGGCCAAAAUUUUUAGAAUCUCGAAUAUAUAAUGGCGUUUUACUUUCUGCCUCUACCACUAUGAAUGCAAAUACCGUCGAAUUUCUGAUUGAAAAAGGCUUUCAUCCUAAUGAUUAUUUUGAUGCACAGGUGGAUUGGAAUUUAAAGAUAAAGAAAUCUUUUCCAAAAGAAAAAAUAUAUAGGCAACAUCCUAUAAAAGAAUGUCUUCUGCACAACAUUUACGAAGAUACAGCGAUUACACUUAUAAAACAUCUCAAUCUUAAUGAGCUUGAUUCAGAUUUACUUCAAAAUUGUUUAUAUAUAGCAAGCAAAAGACUUUGGUGGGAUGCAUUUUCUUAUCUUUUAGUCAAUAUUAAAAAUUCAAGCUACUGAAGAACGACUAUAUGAAAUAUUAUUAAGGGUAACCAAAAAAAGUACUUAAAGAAAUUUAUUGAGUUAAGAAAAGAACAAAUUAUGAAACAGCAUAUGAACAGUAAAAAUUGAUGAAAUUUUAUAUGACCCUAUAAUUGAAAAAAAGCAAAGAUCGCUAAAAUGCUGAUUUUGAAUAAAAAUAUUUUUAGUAUAAAAUCUUCAGUAAGAAUUUAUAAUGCACUAGAAAGAAAAGAGAUAACACCAACGACUCUAAAUAUAGCUGCGUUUAAAGGUAAUUACCAAAUGAUUUUUAGCUCUCUUGAAGAUUUCAUGAAGGUUGAUUCCAAAGCGGUUCUUAGAGAGAACAAGCUUCAAAUUGAGAAGUAUAUUGAAGCUUUAAGCAGCAAUGAAAAGUGUAUAUACCAGACUGCAGCUUUUUAUGCAUUACUUGGGGUUUCUUUCAAACCUGAAUAUUUAAGAAUGCCAUUGCCUAACUUCUUACCAUCUCAAAUUCAAGAAGCAAAAAAAAUUCCUUACAAAAUCCUCAUCCAGCAUGUAGAAGGUCUCAAGAAAAAUCUUUCAAAAACAUUAAAAAAUUUACUAUACAAUUAUAUUGAGCCAAAUCUUGAUGCAUUGAUAAUUGGUGCUUUUUAUGGCAGCAAAACAGUAAUUUCUUAUAUAAAAGCACAUCCAAGCCAAAUUAUAGAAAAUUCAGUAAAUAUUUUUAUUGCUGCAAUAAAUGGGUUUAUUUAUCAAUUUUCUCCAAACUUUAAUUCGUUCUAUGGAACAUCAUCAAAUAUUAUGAUAACGAGGCAUUCACAAUAUAAGCGAAAAGACAAAAAGAUUCAUCAUGAAUUUUUAAUUUUCAUUGUGGAGAAUUUAUUAGCUAAAAAUAUUGAUCCUACACCUAUAAAUAAAAUAAAGAUCCUACAUGUGCUCUAUAUCUGUUUACAUUUUGAACUUUUAACGGUAGCUGUACUCAUGUACAGUAAAAUAUAUGACUUGGGUGUAACUUCUAUAAUAUUUGGAGGAAUUUUAUCAGAGUGCGCUAGAAAUGGUUAUAUAGCAGAUGUAAAAAGACUAUUGAGUAUGGAAAUUAAUCCAAAUCUAUCUGUUGCUAUUCCAUCUUGGGAGCUUUUACCUAGAUAUGAAGAUUAUAAUACUGGGGAUGAUGAAAAAUUGAGAAUAUGGGAAAUUGAUACAUCUUAAUCUUAACUAGCAGGUGGGCUACCACAUAUUGAUUAUGCUGUCACCAAGCAUCCUCUGGCGGAUUCAUUGUAUCUGAGACAUCUCUUCAAAUGCUUGAACGAUUGAAAUGACUUCAUUGGCAAGCUUUACCAAUCUUGCUAUUUCUUCAAUUCAUAUUGCUAUGGAUACCUCAAAGUAUCACAUGGUUCGAGAGCAAUCCUCUUGGGACUUCUGCUGUACUGUAUUGGAUGAAUGGAAAGUAACUUAAUCCAAAGAAGGGAACCCUGAAAUAUAGAGGGUGUCUAAGUCUCUUCCCUCAAAAGCUAUAAGAAAAACUAAUUUCUGUGGUCCGGACCAAUAGCUCAUGAUUUCUAAGAGAGGAUGACAUUGAUUCUAAUUUCUAACCAUAAGAACUAAGUCAAACUUAGCCCAGUUCGUCUUGGCCAUAAAGUAGAAAAAAUUGCAUAGAGUUUAGGUGCGUCUAAGGUGUCGCCAUUUUAUGUAUUAAGAAUUGAUACAUGAAAUGAUUGCCAAGUGGCAGCUUAUCCUUCAGCACUGCAUUGGGCUGCAGAAAAUAGAAAUGAAAAGCUUGUUGAUCUUUUGCUUUGCUAUGGAAGUAAUAUAUAUAUGCAAGCACCUUUGAAGUUUAUUAAAAGUGAAAUAAAGGAUGAGUUUCUAGUUACCGCUUCAGAUCUCGCAAGGCUAAACCAGUUUGGUUCUAUAUACCACAAAAUUAUUAAAAACUCUAAUGAUUAUGUAAAAAUCAGCAAAAGAUAUAAAUAUCCAAGCGAAUUUAGAAAAUACUUUAAUAUUGAUCGGCAAGCUAUUCCGAAUUGGCUUUUGAGAUUACUUACUAUGCUUAACAGUAAUUUUAUCAAUAUAUGCCAUUUGUUUAAAUAUAUAAAAGGGAAAUAGGUUGUAUUUAUUAGAAAUAGUUAGCGCGAUUUGGACAGGCAAUAAUGAACUACUUAUAAAAAUUCUGAGUUUAGGGAAUAGUAGUAUGAACAUCCAUAACAUAAUAUAUAAUUUUGAAAAUAAGACACAACAAAAUGGAAAGAUAGUUGAUGAAAUGUAUAAGGGAUCUGUAGUAUUGAAUAAUCUAUAUGGUGUCAGGAUUCUAAAAGCGUGUAAGUUUAUUCCUCCUUAUGAAUGCUUAAAAUUUUCAGCUGAGCUAGGAAGAGAUGAAAUUACUAUUGAACUUCUUGAAAUUUUUGGAAUAAGUAUAAGUAAAUAGAAUAAAUAAAAGCAUUUAUGCUGAUAGCAAUUAUCCUAUUUAUUAUAUAAAAUAGAAGAACUGCUACAGCAGGCAUUUUUUAUUUUUUAUAAUUAGGUAUAAUUUGCUAUUAAAAGAAAAGUAUGAGCAAUCUUGUCAAAAUUAUGAAAAAGAUUUCAAUAGAUUAGAGGAGCUAUAUAAAGAUGACCAAAACUUUGCGUUAAAUAUUAGCCAAAUUAGAGAAAUAGCGCAUCUUGCUCUUCUUACGCUUUCUAAAUAUACAGUAGAACUUCUUUUAGUAACUCAUCCAGAUUCAUUUACAAUAGAAGCAUUUGAAUCAAUCUUUUCCAACAAUUACUCAGAAUUAAAAUAUGGCUCUCAGCCUGGGCAUGGCCUCCGGCCAUGCAGUUUCGAGCACAUAUUUUAAUUAUAUUCGGCAAGGUUUUUGCCAUUAUGGAAAUCAACAACAAUGCUAGGUAAGCGAUUCUGCAGGGCAGAGUCUGGCCCAUGCUCAACCACUGGGAUGGAUUUUACCUCGUGGGAAAGGAAGGCAUGGUGGUUUGAAAAGGGAAAGCUCAGCAAAGUCCUCUGAACCAUUCGAGCAACUUCCUAGCAUGAAACUGGGCGUACGUCCCAGGUCUCCCUUUUUGCCGAGAGUCAGCCAGAAAAAUCCAUUUUUUGGAUUUAUUGAGCAAGCAGCUCACGCUCUCAAGCGAAGUAGCUCAGUCAUGAGCCGUCAAAGUCAGUGACAUCGCUCGGAAGUGAGCUCUGGUAAAACAAAGCAGAUCGAACCCAGAGGCCUGUGGGCCAACGCGUGGAAGAGUGGUGGUGAGCCUGGGAACGCCUACCCCGUAGGGGAGUUAAACAUGAUAUAAUUUAAGUAAAUAAGCAACAAUUACUCAGGGCUUGAUAUAUGGGCUUUAACAUUUUUAAAUCAUUGAAAUUCAAUUGAUAUAUUAGACAUAGAAAAGCUUUUAAGCAAACUCAAAACGAAUAUCUCUGGUGAAAAAAUAAUUCCUCUUCUCUUAGAAUUUGGACAAAGAAAACUAAUAAGAAAAAUAUUUUUAAGUGAAUUUCAUCAUAAUAUUGACAUUAUUCCUGAAAGAAUAAUUGCAUGUAAAUGGUAUAACAUCCCAAUCUCCUUAAAGCUUUCCUUGGAAAUUUUAAAUCUCAGAAACGAGACAAAUAAGCUAUUUAGUGAGCUUAGUUUAACCUUAUUAAAUGAAGAAGUCCCAGCUAGCUUUGAAAAUACACUCGAUGCUUAUAAUGAUAUUUAUUAUGCAAAAAGAGGGAGAGAAGUUAUUAUAAAGGAAAUAGAAAAAGUUAAUAUAAAUAUAAACGUCGAUCAGCUAGAUUCAGGCUUUAAACAAUUUUUAUCAUAUAUUGAUAAACGAUAUCAAAAAAUUCUCAUAAAAGUGACGAUGGACUAUCAGAGUCUUCCUAAAAACAUCUAUCCUUUAAUCAUGAGAGCAUUGAGAAUUUCAGUUUUUCAUGGACUCUAUAAUGUUGAAUUAUUUUCAAAUGAUAGCUACGAAGACGGUGUUUUUAGAGAAAGUUCAUCAUGAUCACUUAUAAAUUUUUUGAUUGAAAUAAAUGAAUUGAUAGAUAAUUCUGAUGCCGAAUUAUCUCUCGUCUAUGUAGAUUACUCAGAAUUUGAGUAUCUGGAGCCAAGCCACAAUAAGCUGUUUUUCACAUUUAAAGAUAGCUCAAUGGUAACUUGUCCGCAAAAAUGCCUCUUGUAUAAGAACUUGAAAUACAAAACCUUGGCUUGAAAGUCUAUCAAUUUUUUGCGGGGCUUUUAUGACUUGAAAGGAAUGAUUAAGUUUGAUAUAGACUCACUGAUCAAUGAAAUCAUAACACCUUUGUCAGCUUUAAAACGUCGCCCGGAUAUCAUAAAUAUGAGAAAGUUAUUUGGAAAUAGCUCAUUGGCGUACUGAAUCGCAAAUCUAAUAGCACUUCUUGAUAUUCAUUCUGGUAUUAUUGAAAAUAUAGAAACAGUGUUAAUUUUUUAUAUUAUCUAUAGCCCGUUUAGCGUCUACUACCAGGCUGCUCGGCCACAGCUACCCCCAACAUCGCUUUGGGGUGAAUUUUUCGCCAUUUUCCUCAGAGCCCGCAAAAGGUGUGGCACCUCCGGCUUUGAUCUCAAGUGAGGACUCCAAUCUUGAAGUUUAUGCUUAAAAGACUAUUCUUUGAGCUCAGUCCAUUUACUUGAUUGAGAUCGAUACCCUAAAGGUCCCAGUUUCCAACGCCUAGGCUAAGGGGUGCCCUUUCUGGAAAACACCAUUCCCUAAGGUCAGGAUUCAGUAGGAAAAACUCUCAGCCUUUGCUUCCCUGACAUAGCUGGGAUAAUUUAACCAGGGAAAACCCAAACCCUCAUAACUAAAAUAUUAUCGAGAUGGAAUUUCUAUUGGGAGAGUUUCGCCAUAAUUUAAUUAUUUAACAGUGCUAAUUACUUUUACAAAAAAAUAUGCUAAUUAUGGGAAAGGAUUAGGAUUAUUAAAAGAUUAGUAUCUCCUUGUUAACUUCAUAACUAAGGAUGCUCAGUAUAUCCAGGGCGUCUUUUGGCUAUACCCAUAGAUUUAUUUCCUGUUCGUUUUGGCUAUAUACCGCGAUAUUGCCCAAAACUUUGAAUAGAUCCGGAAAAUAGCAGCCAGCGGAGUCGCAUUUUAUUUAUAUGCUAAUUAUGAUAUAGCUUCUUGUGAAAUUUUAAUUAUUAUUCUAACAAUACAAAUUUUUUUGUUUAUUAAUAUCAUAUAUCUUUGCAUUCCAAAUGAAAUUUCCCAAUAUGAAGCCAUAAGUAAUUAAUGCAACACUCCAUAAUUCUAAUAUGUCUGGAAUUGAUAGAAUUAUAGUUACAAAUGGUAUUAGUUUUGAAAAAAGAUCCGAAUGCCUAAUAGUUACUUUUGAAAUGCUGAUACAUAAUCUUUCCAAACAAUUUGUUAAAAUCUCAGACUGCCCACGUGCUUUUGAAGAGAUAAGAGUGAUAUUUUUGACGUCGCUUAUGACAAGCCCUCAAUUAAUUAAAGAAUUCAUAAAUCUUUCUGCAUUUGUUGACUAUCAAGAGAAUUUGAAAAAUAAGGAGAAGCCAAACAUUAUUCUUGAAUGAAAUUUACAAAACUUUGAGGGAAUAAUUGAGAGAUUUAUUAACAUAUUAUAUAGUGACGAUCAAAAUUUAGCUACAAAAGUGGGCUUAUUAAAGAAUUUGGAAUGGAUUGGAAAACAGAUUCAUAGUAAUUCAGUGCUUAUAAAUGUUAGCAAUUUAUUGUCAUCAGCAAUAAAUUAUAAUGAAAAGCAAGCUGAUUUACUUUCCAACGAUUCUACCUUUAUUCUAGGCUCUAAAAUAAAUGGACCUGAAGUUAGCUCAAUAAAAUGCCUAUUUGAAGAAAUAAAGAAAAAAUACCUUUUAAACAUUCCUCCAUCAAAGAUUCCUGAAAUUUGCAAAAAAAAUGAUAUAUUACUCAUUAAUUGUUCAGAAGUUAUUACCAUUUCAGAAAUAUUACGUGGAUAUAUUCAUGGAAAUAAUAACAGCUAUUUUAUAUGCUCAAUAAGACAAGUAUUUAAAGUUUUGCCAACAUUCCCUACAGUCAAAGAUCUAGCCUAUUCAAUUGGAUCUUUGCUGUAUUGUGCUGCAGAUGGGUCAAUUCUAUAUGAUAAGCAAAACCAUUACCCUAACUUUGAAAAUUCAUUAACCGAUCUUGAAGAUUUAUGCGAAGUCAAUUUUUCUGAAUUAUUAAGCACAGUUCCUCGAGUUAUUUCCUUUGGGUGUUUAGAUGAUGAUUUUUCCAACAUAAAUUUAAAGCUGUCAAAAGAUUUAUUUGUAUCUCCUAUUUUAAAUAAGCCAAAAUAUUCAAUUAAAUCGCAUAUACUUGGAUCUCGAGAGUAUAAAGAUUUAAUAGGUGAGUUAUAUAGACAUUUUGAUAUUUUAAGGAAAAAAGCAGAAUUACCAUCAUGGAUAAUGCCAAUUUAUGUAGAUUUUCAAGAAGCAAAUAAUAAUGAAUCUUUAUCACAAGAUAAGUUAAAUGCUGAUGCAAUUUUUUAUCUGCUUUCUGCAACUUUGAAUGAAUUAUUAAAGAGCAUGACUGAUAUUAUUUCUUAUGAAGACAUUUCUUUCAGUUUUUAUAGUUUUGAGCCUAAGUUACUAUGAAUUAAGAACCCAAUAAGCCAUCAACUUGCCAAGUUAUUUAGCCAAAGUAUAACAGAGGUUUCCCUAAUUUUCACAAAUGGUGAUGAUAGAGUUUGCAUUGAAAAUAAAAAAUUAGCUAUUUAUAUCCCAAUAACCAAGCAGUUAAAAAAUUGUGAUCAAAAUCUAAUAAAAGAUACUAUUAUAGCUUCACUUAUAGAAGGAGCAAUGAAAAAUAUCCCAAGAAAUAUUAUUUUGCAAGAAUCUCCAUCGAAAUUGCCAGCCUUGCUACUUCUAUCACAAAUUGAUCGCAUUUAUAAUCAAUUCCACAUCCUAUCGUAUUCAAUAUUAAAUUUAGACUUUGAAAUUGUGAUAAGAACAUAUAAUAAAGAUAAGUUUUCUGAAUCGUUUCAAUACUCAAUAGCUGAUAAGAUGAAAAUAGAGCUCACGUCUUCAAAAAAUAUUAAAAUUCCCUCAAUUAUUGAAAUUUCUGAAGAAAUUAGACGACAAAGAAAAUUACCAAUGGUAAACUUUAAGCUAAUCCCUAUAGAUAAUGAUUCAAUUUUAUUUGCAGCUGGAAGAAAAGUAAGGUAUAUAAACCAAUUUCAGAGCAUUGAUAAUUUAGAAGCGAAAGUAGUUAAUCUAACUCCCCCACCAUUAGCAAGCAAAACCAUUAAAAAAGUCCCUACUUUUGGAGAAAAAUUCAAUUUGCAAGAAAAAAUAUUCUUUUAAUAUAUAAUUAAUAAUUAUUACAAUGAAAUCUCUUCUAUUUAAUUUUAUUAUAAAUUUUGAGGUUUAUAUAAUUUUAAAAAUUUAAUCCCCUAAGCGAGCGAGUAAAUUUUUGAGCUCCCUUAAGGAGAGAGUAAGAACCCUGAAAACCCUAUCAAUUGAUUUGAUACAAGAAAGCAAUUUUGUAUAUAUCAAUGACUUGGUAUUUGAGAAUGCUUGGGUUUUAAUAAUUUUCGAGCAUAAAGGCCUUCCUAUUGGAUUUAAGAUAUUCUAUUUCAUGAUAAAUUGGUGGCCUUGAUAGAUAAUAUUUAAGAUAAAAUAAAAUAUUUUAAAAUGAAAAUUCAUUGAAAACCUAUAUAGUAGCUGUCGGACCAAACAUGCCUAAAUGUUUAUCGAAAUUUUAUAGCCUUGAAAAAAGAAAAUCAAAUGAAUUUGGAAUUAUUAUACUUGAUACUGCAAAAACUCUUAAUCCAUCAAUAUUUCCUUCAGUAUAUCCAAGCAAUCCAUUAUCAGAAAAUGUAAUAUUCCUUAAGAAAAACUAUAUCAUUUCUGGUGGUCUUUUAAUGGAUGCUCUCUCGCCAUCCUCUAAUUUCCCAGCCGUUUCAUUUAAAAGCACUAAAAUUUAUGAUGUUACUCUUUUAAACCUCAAGCUUAAAAGCAAAGGUAAAAUGACUGUUUAUUUUAAAUCUUCAAGCCAAAGCACUAUUAAACCCGCUUUAGAUCUUUGUUUGAAUUCUCAAGAAUUAUUAGAAAAUUAUCAAUUACAACUGUUUUCAGAUAGCAAAAGCUAUAUUCUUGAGAAUUUUUAUUGCAACUUAACUCUCCAAACCAAAGAAAUUUCAAAAGAAACUGACUUUUGAAUAUCGUGCAUCAAUGAAUAUUUUUCAGGUGUUUUAGAUUGGUACGAGAAGCCAUAUAUCAUUAUCGAAAUCAUUAGAAAAUUUACAGGCACAACCUGGGACAAUUGAUAUAAAAAAAAAUAUUGCCAAACAAUAUACUUCAUUGCAAAAUUUUAUCUUUAUUCAAAUCGAGAGUCAAAUAAAAUAAUCCCUAAAGCAUGAAAGGAAUUUUAUAUAGCUACAAAAGAUAUAAUAGAAAAUUUGCCGUCUCUUAAAGAUUGGAUAAAUUAUUUUUUUGAAUUGGAAAACUGCAAAGGUUUGGAAGACAAAGAAAAAAUUACAAAUAGAUUUGAUACAGUGAAAGAGGAGCUUAAAAAAAUAGAAAAAAAAUUCUCUGAUGAUUAUAAGAAAUUAAUAGCUGAAUAA